UUGAAAAGCUCCCCGGAAAGAGACGGAUUGAUCCCAAAAUGUUUUUCUUUCGCUUUCUGUCUUCUGUCCUUUCAGUCCCCAUCUGACAAUUCCUCCAGUGCUCGAUCCUUAACGGAUUCAUAGUGUUUUUAAUAUUCUGCAUACAAGAGAGGUGUCUGUGUCCGUGUGAGUACAUGUCUGUGGGUACGAGAAGAGGGAUGUCUCUAGAGACCAAGUACGUGGAGCUUUGUAAGGGUAUAAAUGGCCUUGACAAGAUCAUCUUGCGUGAGGUUCGUGGCUGCUCUGCGGAGGUAUACCUGUAUGGAGGUCAUGUCACGUCCUGGAAGAAUGAACACGGGGAAGAAUUGCUUUUUGUUAGUAGCAAGGCUAUUUUUAAGCCUCCAAAGACUAUUCGUGGAGGUAUUCCAAUCUGCUUUCCCCAAUUCAGCAAUCUUGGUUCUCUUGAACCACAUGGAUUUGCAAGGACCAGGUUUUGGACCAUUGACAAUGACCCCCCGCCGUUCCCGAUAAAUAACUCCAACAAGGCCUUCAUUGACUUAAUACUUAAGCACUCUGAAGAAGAUGUGAAGAUCUGGCCUCACAGAUAUGAAUUUCGCCUACGUAUUACUCUGGGGCCUGGAGGAGAUUUGAUGUUGACCUCACGCAUUCGAAAUACAAACACUGAUGGGAAAUCGUUCACAUUUACAUUUGCGUAUCACACAUAUUUUCAUGUUACGGAUAUCAGUGAAGUGCGGGUAGAAGGACUAGAAACACUAGAUUAUUUGGAUAAUCUGAAGAACAGAGAGCGAUUCACUGAACAAGGAGAUGCAAUAGUCUUUGAAUCAGAAGUGGACAAAGUAUAUCUCAGCACACCUACCAAAAUUGCUAUCCUGGACCAUGAAAGGAAGAGAACAUUUGAAUUACGGAAAGAUGGACUUCCUGAUGCUGUGGUUUGGAAUCCCUGGGAUAAGAAAGCAAAGACAAUACCUGAUCUUGGUGAUGAUGAGUACAAGCAUAUGCUGUGUGUAGAGGCUGCUUGUGUGGAAAAGCCGAUCACUUUGAAACCUGGUGAAGAGUGGAGAGGAAGGCAGGAGCUCUCUGCUGUUCCUUCCAGCUACUGCAGUGGCCAACUUGAUCCACAAAGGGCAUUCUUAAGUGACAAGUUUGGGCUUGCAUGAUGCAUCUUUUUUACAGUUUUUGCAGGUGCCCCUUUUGCAUCAUGCAUUUAGUGCUUCCAGUGGAUUCUUGCCAGGAUUUUUGGAGGCAGGGUUCAAAAGGACAAGUAAACAAAGUCAGUUGGGAAGGGAUCUAAUUUGUAUUUUGUCAACUUCGUUGACUUCUACUGAAAGAAAAACGAAUGAGUGGAAGAAGAGAAGGAAUGCAUCUAAAAGUUUCUAGGUUUCACCCUAUUCUUUUUACCCUUUUUUUAUUGUUUCGUUUUUAAAUGAUCGCAUUUGUUCUAGUUGAAUAAUAAUAUCCUUGGUUUAAUGAAAUUCUAUCGUUUUUAUAAUGAAA